CUUCAACGAUGCAGCAACAUGAGCUCGUUCGCGGCAAAGCGCAAGGCGCGCGUCAUUAAAGUUGCCGACGAGGGCGAUGCUGAAGUCGCGCUUGCUUCGGCAGAAUCUGGCAGUGGGACAGAUGAGCCUUUAAAGCCAUCUUCUGGUGCAAAGUUUGCGCGGAAACCGUUUCGCCAGUCGGGUCUGCGCAAAAGCUUCAAUCCUGCCGAUGACGACACCCCAAGCACCGGUGGCGAUGAAGCCAAGGACGACGAGGACGACGGGCCGGUGGUGGUGCGGCCCAGCAUCGCACGAGCAGGCUCCAAACACAAGAAGAAGGUCCAAAAGCCGAGGGUUUCGUUCGGCGGUGACGCUGGCGACGCAGAAAAUGGAGACGCUGACGAGCCGAGCACACCCAAAAAGGCUCCCCUAGGGAUGAAGGCCAUGGAAAACAGCGCGGCAAAGCGCGGCGUUCCUCUACGAGGGCUCCCGACACGCUCCCUGCACGAUGAUGACGAUAGGCCAAGGUACAGCAAGGAGUACCUGAGCGAGCUGCAGUCGUCAACACCCAACACACCUCGCGAUAUCUCCACCCUGCACAUUGGCGACGCCGACGAGAUGGAGCUGGAUGCCAGCGAGCUGGAGGGCGCACUGGUCGUCGACUCUCCCGCGCCGUCGCCCAAGCCCGCGACGCAGAUCCUUUCCGAAGCUGAAAUACGCGAGAAGAAGGAGCGGCGGGCGCGGCUAGCCAAGGAGCAAGGGUUCCUCUCCGUCGAGGACGACGACGAGGAGGACCGCUUCGGGAAGAAAAAGGACGACACCCGGCUGCAGCGUGAGGACGAAGACCUGGGCGAGGGAUUCGACGACUACGUCGAGGAUGGCGGUCUAUCGCUCGGCAAGCGCGCGACCAAGGAGAGGCGGAAGAAGGAGCGCCAGCAAAUGGCCGAGCUGAUAUCCGCCGCGGAGGGCCACACAUCGGACUCGUCGUCAGACAGCGACGCCGAGCGGCGCAUCGCCUACGAGUCAGCACAGACGAGAGCAGGCCUUGACGGACUGAAGAAGCCCACGAAAGGCAAGUCCGAUGACGUCCCGCGGGUGCCGCCCAAGAUUACGCCGCUGCCAAGCUUGGGGGAGUGCAUAGCCAAGCUGCAGGCCAGUCUGAAGAGCAUGGAGCAGGAUAUCCAGACCAAGAACGCGAGGGUCGAACAGCUGCGCAAGGAGAAGCAAGAAAUCCUGGCUCGCGAGGCCGAGGUACAGGCGCUGCUGGACGAGACGGGGCGCAAGUAUCAAGAGGCGAUGGGCAAGGGCACGACGCAGCCUGCGCCGAUUGCCGCGGGGACGACACAGGUCUCGCUGGACCUGGGCGGGGAACGCGGCCUGGAGAGCCUGGGAACGACGCCUCGGCGCGCGGACCAGGAGGACGUCGACAUGUUGUGAAUAUAGACUUAGGAUACCACGAUACAGAUAGGACUGGCGUCGUGUCGGUCACACGACCACGGGCGAUGCUUGAUGAUUUACGAAUCUGGUGCAAUACUUGUUUAUUUUAUGGAGGUGGUGUAGCCACGAUUACGGACGACGGGCUAUAAUCAUGAUUACGAUAACUAUCAAGAG